GGAGUUUUCCUGCUAAUCAUGCACAACCCUUUUCUAAAAAUCCUUACUUGAACUUUUGUCCACCUUUUCUCUCUUCUGUAUUGUGAAUUCCUCCAUUUUCCGGCGCCUUCUCGCAUUAUAAUUAAGGGUUACAGCCCCCACCAUACUGGUGAAUACACAAGACUAUCUCAGAAACAAGCUGUAUCAAAAUUUCAAAACGGGGUUCGAAUUUGGGGUGAAUUAUAUUAGAAGUAGAUGUGUAUGACAAGUUUUAGUGCUUAAAAUGGAAGGAUCAACUGUGCUGGGGAAACGGAAAUCGCUGGAAGAAUUGGAAGUUAGGGAAACUCCAAGGCAAGGAUCUGCAUCGAACAAGAGAAAUCCAACUCGUAGAUGUGUGCAUGAGGUUGCAGUUCCGCCUGGGUAUACUUCAACAAAAGAUGAAUCAAUUCAUGGGACCCUCUUAAAUCCAGUUUACAAUGGAGAGGUGGCUAAGACUUACAAAUUUGAACUUGACCCGUUUCAGAAAGUAUCAGUGGCGUGCUUGGAAAGAAAAGAGUCAGUUCUGGUUUCAGCCCAUACUUCAGCGGGUAAAACUGCAGUUGCAGAGUAUUCCAUUGCUAUGGCAUUUAGAGAUAAGCAGAGAGUCAUAUAUACUUCACCGUUGAAAGCUUUGAGUAACCAGAAGUACAGGGAAUUGCAACAAGAGUUCAAAGACGUGGGUUUAAUGACUGGUGAUGUUACUCUGUCUCCAAAUGCAAGUUGUUUGGUUAUGACAACAGAAAUUCUCAGAGGGAUGCUUUAUAGAGAAAGUAUAAUAUAUUUGCCUCCAGCAAUAAAGAUGGUCUUUCUCUCAGCGACAAUGUCCAAUGCUAAAGAGUUUGCGGACUGGAUUUGUCAUUUGCACAAACAACCAUGUCAUGUGGUGUACACGGAUUUCCGGCCUACUCCCUUGCAGCAUUAUGUUUUUCCCAUGGGUGGGAGUGGGUUAUAUCUUGUAGUUGAUGAGAAUGAGCAGUUUAGGGAGGACAAUUUCAUGAAGCUCCAGGACACUUUCUCGAAGCAGAAACUGAGUGAUGGAAGCAAGAGUGUGAAAGGGAAAGCAAGUGGAAAAAGUGCCAAAGGUUGGAUUCCUUCUUCAGGAGUUUCUGACAUAUAUAGAAUUGUGAAGAUGAUUAUGGAGCGUAAAUUUCAACCCGUCAUAGUUUUUAGCUUCAGUAGAAGAGAGGUUGAACAACAUGCGAUGUCAAUGUCCAAGCUUGACUUCAAUACAGAAGAGGAGAAGGAUCAUGUGGAGAAUGUUUUUCAUAAUGCAAUCCUCUGUUUGAAUGAAGAAGAUAGAAAUCUACCUGCUAUUGAGUUAAUGUUGCCACUACUUAAGAGAGGCAUUGCCGUACAUCAUUCUGGCCUUCUUCCCGUAAUCAAGGAAUUGGUGGAGCUUCUUUUCCAGGAAGGCCUUGUAAAAGCUCUCUUUGCAACAGAAACUUUUGCCAUGGGUUUAAACAUGCCUGCAAAAACUGUUGUGUUUACUGCUUUUAAAAAGUGGGAUGGUGAUAGCCACCGCUACAUAGGUCCGGGUGAGUAUAUCCAGAUGAGUGGGAGGGCUGGGCGUCGCGGUAAAGAUGAGCGAGGAAUUUGUAUAAUAAUGGUUGAUGAGCAGAUGGAGAUGAACUUGCUCAAGGACAUGAUUUUGGGUAAACCAGCUCCUUUAGUCAGCACUUUCAGACUAAGCUAUUAUUCAAUUUUGAAUUUAAUGAGCCGUGCUGAAGGCCAGAUCACAGCAGAGCAUGUAAUAAGGAAUUCAUUCCACCAAUUUCAGUAUGAGAAGGCUUUACCUGGAAUAGGGGAAAAGGUUUCAAAACUGGAGCAGGAAGCUGCCUCCCUUCAUGCUUCAGGAGAGGCUGAAGUUGCCGAAUAUCACAAGCUAAAACUUGAUAUAGCCGAACUAGAAAAGAAGUUGAUGCCAGAAAUCUUAAGGCCUGAAAGAGUUCUUUAUUAUCUUGAUCCUGGACGGCUGAUCAAGGUGAGGGAAGGUGGAACAGAUUGGGGUUGGGGAGUUGUAGUUAAUGUUGUGAAAAGGCCUUCUGCAGGGUUAGGUGCCUUGCCCUUACAUAGCAGUGGCUAUAUUGUUGAUACUUUACUCCAUUGUUCUUCUGGUUCAAGUGAAAAUGGUCCCCAAUCAAAACCAUUCCCACCUCAUCCUGGGGAGAAGGGUGAAAUGCAUGUGGUUCCGGUUCAGUUGCCCCUAAUUUCUGCUAUAAGUAAAAUCAGGAUAUCUAUUCCUCCUGAUCUUCGGCCCUUGGAGGCAAGGCAAAAUAUACUACUUGCAGUGAAGGGGCUAGAAACUCGGUUCCCUCAAGGCCCUCUGAAGCUUAAUCCUGACAUGAAAAUUGAAGAUCCAGAAAUUGUUGAGUUGGUGAAACAAAUUGAAGAGCUUGAAAAGAAGUUAAUCUCUCAUCCAUGCCACAAGAAAUCUCAAGAUGAGCAUCAGAUUGCAUGUUUUAAGAGGAAAGCAGAGGUUAAUCAUGAAAUUCAACGGCUGAAGUCAAAAAUGCAUGAUUCUGAGCUUAAAAAAUUCCGUGAUGAACUUAAGAACCGUUCAAGGGUCUUGAAGAAGCUUGGUCAUAUAGAUGCCAAUGGUGUUGUGCAAUUGAAGGGGCGGGCAGCCUGCUUGAUAGACACUGGAGAUGAACUGCUUGUCACUGAGCUGAUGUUCAAUGGUAGGUUCAAUGAUCUUGACCAUCACCAGGUAGCAGCCCUUGCAAGUUGUUUCAUUCCAGUAGAUAAUUCAAAUGAACAAAUACAGUUGAGGGCAGAGCUUGCUAAACCAUUGCAGCAACUUCAAGAAACUGCAAGAAAAAUAGCAGAGAUACAACGUGAAUGCAAAUUGGAAUUAAAUGUUGAUGAGUAUGUGGAAUCAGCAGUGAGGCCAUACUUGAUGGAUGUGAUUUACUGUUGGUCAAAGGGGGCAACUUUUGCAGAUGUAAUACAGAUGACUGAUAUUUUUGAGGGUAGCAUCAUUAGAAGUGCUAGAAGGCUUGAUGAGUUUUUGAACCAGCUUUCUGCUGCUGCUCAAGCUGUUGGAGAGGCUGAUUUGGGAAGCAAGUUUGCAGCAGCCAGUGAAAGCCUUCGCCGAGGUAUAAUAUUUGCAAAUUCUCUCUAUUUGUGAAUAGUUAUUUUCUGGCCUGUGUUUGUAUAUGUAAAUUCCAGUAUUUAACAAUUUUUGACAUGGUAACUGUAACAUAAACUGCCAUCAUAGUUUCUUUGUUUCCUUCAUAGUAGGACUUAAGUUCAUGUAGAAAAAAGAAAGAAUAAUGAUAAAGCUGCAGCAUUUGGUUCCUUCCAAUAUCAUUUCUGGUGA